AUGUCCGACCCCCGGAAAUAUACCGUGGGCUGGAUCUGUGCAGUUGCGACCGAGUAUGUCGCCGCUCAGGAGUUUCUGGACGAGGAGCAUGAUGGCCCAGAGCAUCUGCCGCCUCCGGUCAGGAAUGACUACGCACUUGGCAAGAUGGGGAGGCACAAUGUUGUGAUCGCUACGCUACCUAUGGGAGAAUAUGGCAUUGCCUCUGCGGCACGAGUGGCAGAGGAGAUGCAACAUGCUUUCCCAAACAUCCGCAUCGGGCUGAUGGUCGGCAUCGGUGGUGGUGUUCCAACUAGACAUGAUAUCCGCCUUGGUGAUGUCGUGGUUAGUAUACCUCUGAAUGGAUUGGGUGGAGUGCUUCAGUACGAUUUCGGGAAGACUGAACAGAAUAAGAAGUUUCAGCGCACGGGAUUCUUGGAUCAGCCACCUACUGUCCUCCGAACUGCGGUUGGUGGGCUUAAGGUCCAAUAUGAGCGCAAGGGUCAUCGUUUGGAGGAGGCGGUCGAGGAUGUUCUUAUAAGGAACCGAAGGCUACGAUCAAAAUACAAGCGGCCUGAUCCAGUGAACGAUCGGCUUUAUCGAAGCGACCACACCGGCGAGGAUUCAUCUUUCUUGAUUCGGAGAGAAGAACGCGACGAUGAUGUUGACAAUCCGAUGAUACACUAUGGUCUGAUUGCCUCGGCCAAUCAGCUUAUGAAGGAUGCUACUGUUAGAGACAAGUUGGCGGAGGAACUGGAUGUUCUAUGCUUCGAAAUGGAAGCAGCAGGGCUGAUGAACAAUUUUCCUUGUCUUGUCAUCCGUGGAAUCUGUGACUAUUCCGAUUCACACAAGAAUAAGGACUGGCAGGGCUAUGCAGCAAUGGUUGCAGCGGCAUAUGCGAAAGACCUCCUAUCCCGAAUCGUCCCAUCACAAGUCGAAGCAGAAACAAAGAUGUCGGAACUUCAAAGCACUGUCAAUGCGAAUCUGGAAGAAACAAAGGUUAUCUCAUCUGGUGUCUCAGAGCUGCGUGAAAGUGAAGAAGAUCAUGCUCUCCGUGCUAUUGCCGCGUGGCUUACGCCAAUCAACUAUGCGGUCCAGCAAAGUGACUUUAUCAACCGUCGACAAAAGGAAACCGGAACAUGGUUUCUGGCAUCGGAUGAAUUCCAAGCAUGGUUGACUCAACCAGAGAAAUAUCCCACCCUCUUUUGCCCGGGUAUCCCAGGUGCAGGCAAGACAAUGAUUUCAUCAAUCACGAUAUCCCAUCUUCAAAAUCAUUUCCAUCAGAGCACGCAGGUUGGAAUCGCCUACAUAUUCUGCAAUUUCAGUCAACAAGACAUUCUUCAGAAUCCAACCGCGCUUAUUGCGAGUCUCGUCAGGCAGCUUUCCAAAGGAGAGCACGCUGAGCCACUAAGGGAGCUUUUCAAAACUCACGAUAAGAAGAACACAUAUCCAUCCCACAUGGACCUCUUCCAAGUUCUUGUUACUGUUGUAUCUUCGUAUUCCAGGGUUUUUAUUCUCGUCGAUGCACUGGACGAGUUCCACGCUCUUCAAGGCCGUGAGUCGUUCUUGCGGGAUCUCUUCGCACUUCAACAGAAGGUUGAUAUGCAUAUGAGCAUUUUUGCAACAUCGCGAUACGGCGAAACCAUCGAAUCAUUCUUCAGGGGGUGCUCAAGGCGCGUUAUACGUGCAAAUGAGGCUGAUGUGCGGAUGUUUCUGGAUGGUAAAUUGCAUGGAUUUCAACCAUGGGUAUCAAAUAACUUUGCUCUCAAGAACGACAUCAAAACGAAGCUGUCAGAAGCUGCUGACGGAAUGUUUCUUCUUGCCAAGCUAUACAUCGACGCCUUGCUCUGCGAAACGACUCCAAAGGGUAUCAAGACCAUUCUCACUGAGUUAGAAAACAUCUCAAAGAGCUCAGCGGAUGGGGAAGAGAGAAAGAGGCGAGCUCUUGAUCAUGCUUACGAAGCUGCCAUGCGACGAAUUCAAAGCCAACCGUCGGGACACUAUGAGCUUGCUAAGAGAGUGCUUUCAUGGAUAGUUUGUGCUAAGCAGGACCUCAGUCCACUGCAGCUCCAACAUGCCGUUGCCAUCGAAAUCAAUAGUCGGACGCUGGACGAAGACAACAUUGCUGAUAUUGGUCUCUCUAUCUCCGUCUGUGCCGGCCUAAUGACUAUUCACAAGGAAAGCAACGUUGUCAAGCCGGUACAUUACACAACGCAAGAAUACUUUGAGCGAACCUGGCAAGAUUGGUUCCCGGACUCCUAUGUCUACCUGACAAAGGCCUGCAUCACAUACAUAUCACUCCAAGUUUUCGAUAGCGGGGAGUGUGCUUCAAAGGACGAUCUAAGGGAUCGAUAUGAAGAUUAUCCCUUCUAUCAAUAUUCAGGGCAGCACUGGGGAUCUUAUGCCAAGGAUACAUCCAUGGAAACAGAUCCGCUUGUUUUGGAUCUUCUUCAAAGUACGACACGUCUCGCGGCAAUCACCCAAGCCUUUCAAGUUGUUUUCUAUGAAAUGGAUUACUCUACUGGAUAUACAACGGAGAUGAAUGGACUGCAUGUUGCCGCCCACUUUGGCUUAUAUGAGUCAUUGUCAAUUCUUCUCGGUGGCACCUUGGAUAUCGACUCAAAAGAUCGAAUUCAUCACAGGUCUUCACUUUUCUGGGCGGCAAAUCACAAGGAAGUCGUGAAUUUAUUACUUGACAGUGGAGCCGAUAUCGAGUUUCAAGAUCGACGUCAGCUGACACCGUUGAUCCACGCUGCCGGAAAGGGACAUAAGUCGGUAGUCCAACUACUCAUUGAUAGGGGAGCGAAUAUAAACAGCGAAAAUAGUUUCCACGAUACGCCUUUGACAAGCGCGAUAACACAAAGACAUGAGGACGUGGCGAUGCUUCUUGUCAACUCAGAGGUUGACUUUCAGAGUAAGACGGGUCAUGAAAGUUCUCUCAACUCAGCGGUCCGCUAUGGUCUGGAAGGGUUAGUACGACUGAUUCUCACUAAGGGGGUAGACGUUAACUCAAAAAAUGGGUCGGGAGAGACCCCCCUCUUCGCCGCUAUACGAUACCAACGCAAAUCUCUAGUAGAGCUUCUUCUUCACCGUGCGGCAGAUGUCAAUUCGAAGUCUAAUUCUGGAUGCACCCCGCUAUUCCAGGCAAUCAUGUACGAGGAGGAUCUGAGUGUUCUUAGACUCCUUCUUCAACAUGGAGCGGAUACCAAUCCUGAAUAUGACGACUCAAAUUUAUUGGAAUUUGCAAUUUGGCACGGAAGGACUGACGUGGUACGGCUAUUUCUUCAUGAGGGGAUUUGCCUUGAUUCACCGGGACGUGCUUUGGCAAACGCUGCAGAGGCUGGUCAUGUUGAGCCGGUGAAACUCCUUCUCGACGCCGGAACUGACAUUGAAUCACGAAGCACCUAUAACAAGACCUGGGAUGAAGCUGCCAAUAUGUUCACUAUGAGAACGAGCUUUAACCAAACCGCACUGUCAUUAGCCGCCCGGAACGGGCGUCAAGAUGUGGUCAGGUUGCUCCUGGAUCGAGGCGCUGACAUUGAAUCAAAGAAUACUUAUGGGUUCAAUCCUCUCUGUCUAGCCGUUCUAAACGGAGAUGAAAGUAUGGCAAGGCUGCUUCUUAGCGGGGGAGCUCAAAUUGAAUCAAGGGCUGGUUCUAGUCAGACCCCUUUGCUCCUAGCGGCUUCACAAGGAUUCGAAGAAAUCGUAGAGUUACUUCUUUCAUUGAAUGCUCAGGUUGAAGCCCGAGACAUUCAUGGGUUCACGCCACUCAUUCUUGCUGCAACAGAGGGUCAUUACUUUGUGGUACAGUUAAUUCUUGAGCAUGGUGCCAGAGUCAACGCGAGGGCAAACGAGGGACAAACAGCACUACUCCAGGCCAUCGCCAGAAGCCACGUGGAUGUGGUGGGUUUGCUUUUGAAGAGAGGAGCCAAUCUGAAAAUGAAUGGCCUUCAAAAAAAGAGUUUCCCCUCUCGGAUUGGCACUUGA